AUGGCACAAACACUUGCAACGCCCAUUGCACCAUCACUCUCUCUCAUCUGCAACAGAAACCCAAACUCCAAAUUUCACCACAAUGCUCUCUCUUUUCCCACUUCAAUCCCUCCUAUGAUUGGUGGAUUAAGCAUCAAAUGCGCGCGUGUGGGAGGUGUGGAGAUACCCAACAACAAGAGGGUCGAAUACUCUCUGCAGUAUAUACAUGGAAUAGGGCGAACAAGAGCUAAGCAAAUUCUAUGUGACCUCAACAUGGAGAAUAAAGUCACCAAGGAUAUGUCGGAGGACGAGCUCAUCACUCUCCGUGACGAAGUCUCCAAGUACAUGAUCGAAGGUGACCUGGCAUGUGCUUCUGAAAUUCUAGCUCUGAUCCUAGGGUGGACAAGUGCCACCUUCUUAGUUGCUGAUGAAAUAAUGAACAUUCCAGGCCCAACUAGAUCGUUCAUUUUUUCAUCCAUGCUAGGUGUGGGUAAACCUGUUCAAUGGUCGGAUUCCUUUGAUAUCUUAACUUGUCAUUUUUGCCGUCUUUGCCAGGCCUCAUGCAAGGGGUUCAAUGCACUCGCAAUUAGGAGGCUGAAGGAAAUACAGUGCUACAGAGGGGUGAGGCAUAUUCAAGGAUUGCCGUGUAGAGGACAGAGGACAAAGAACAAUUGCAGGACCUUGAAGGGCAAAAGGGUUGCAAUUGCUGGGAAGAAGAAGGCACCUCGUUGA